AUGCGCCGCCAUGGACGGGGCCCCGGCGGCGGCACAAUGCACGCCCACCGCCCGAACGGUGUCCCCCCGAUCCCCGACACCAUCAGUCUGAUCCGAUCCUACGACUCCGAGAGCAUGCCCACGCGACCCGUCCGACCAUCGCCAUUGACGGCGUCGACCAUCCAGGGCCUGCCGCUCGACCUCCUCGACCGGAUUCGAUCGUUCCCGCUGUUCGAACGAGCGCCCGACUCGUUUCUGGCGGAGAUCGGCGCGCAUCUCCGACCGCAGCUGUACUCUCACCAUGACUAUAUCUUGACGGAAGGAGACGAGGCGAAGGCGAUGUAUUGGCUGGUCCGAGGGUCGGUACGGGUCACAUCGAGGGAUGGGGAGAGCACGUAUGCGGAACUAAAACCGGGCGCGUUCUUCGGAGAGAUCGGCAUAUUAAUGAACAUCCCGCGGACCGCAUGCAUCGUGGCGAAUCUAAAAAGCAUGGUAGUUCGCCUGAACAAGGAGGAUUUGCAGAAAGUCCUCCCCAGCUACCCGGACGUGGAGCGCGCCAUUCGGGAGGAGGCGCAGGAGCGGUUGACGAUUUUGGAGCGGAAGAAGAAAGAGGUGGGAAAUCAGACCGCGACGGGGAACGGGAAGCGGCCACGAGAUCGAAUGGAUGGCGACGUGCAGAUGGGCGAAGCCGGCAGCAUGGAUGGGGAAAUGUUCGCCGUGAGCAAGAAGCGGAAAAGCCCCAGUCCAAGCUUGGCCGAGGCAGCGGCCUCAAGCGCGCUUGGAAGCGGGUCGGUCAGCGUACGACAAACGCUCAAGGAGUUACCGCUAUUUACGUCCCUUCCUCAGGAAAUCCUGCAUUUCCUGGGCCUCAAGGCCAUCCCGAAAACGUAUCCCCCGUUUACCGAAAUCGUCAAACAGGGAUCGCAGGGUCGGGAUGUGUUCUUCAUCAUACGUGGCGAAGUCGAGGUAGUGAGCGAGUCUGUGCCCAACCCGAAGGCACGACGAGAAUCGACGACGUCGGGAGCGCGGUGCGAAUCGCAUGUGAAGGCACGGUUGAAGGCCGGGCAGUACUUUGGUGAGGUCGCAAGCCUCUCUCUAGCGCCGCGCCGAACCGCGACUGUGCGAUCCGUUUCCUCGGUCGAGUGCCUGAUGAUUGGCGGCGACGUGUUGAACGAGCUCUGGCAACGGUGCCCCCCGAACAUCCGCGCACAGGUCGAGAUGACUGCGAAACAGCGGCUAGGCGUGUCUGGGAGCCAGGAUGUCACCAUGGCGGACGCCUCUGAGGGAACGCCCGCGAUUGACGAGCUGGCCAUCGCGGACAUGGGCCCACGUUCCCCGCGACCCCUUACCAUCCCCAGCGUGACUUUCAACGAUCCGUUCCACGACACCGCAUCGAAGAAAAGUAAAUCCGACGACAAGACCGUCAUCGAGCAGAUCGAUCCAGAUCCGUACCUCAACCCCGAGUUGGAUAGCAUGCAGAUGCGUUCGAAGUCUCGUCGUGGAUCCCUGGCGCCUCCAUCGCCCUCGGCUUCCGCUCAAUCGACACCGACUUCGAGCCCUUCCGGUACCCCCGAACCUCCUGACACCAAUGGCCAUGGAAUGAUCACUAUUCUUCACACGAAGCACGAUGUCACGCCUCCAGAACAUCCCACCGCCUACAAGCGCGCAAAGCUCCUUCGAACCCCGCACAAAAAACAACGAUCCCCACUCCCCGACAGCAUCCUCAUCCGGAUCUUCGACAAUCUUCCCCUUCUGCCGCUCAUGCGUUCCCGCCGCGUCUGUCUUCACUGGCACAAACUUAUCUCCACCUCUCCCGCCCUCCUCCACAACCUAGACCUCUCCCCCUACAACCGCGACGUUACCGACUCCGCCAUCGUCAAUAUCAUCGCCCCCUUCGCCGCCAACCGCCCCCGACUCAUCGAUCUCAGCAACUGCUUCCACAUCACCGACGAAGGCUUCUCCACCCUCGCCAACGCCUGCGCCCCCAACCUCCGCGCCUGGAAGAUGAAGAGCGUCUGGGACAUCACCGGCCAAGCCGUCCUCGACAUGGUCAACAAGGCCAAAUCCCUCGAGGAAAUCGACCUCUCCAACUGCCGCAAAGUCGGCGACAACCUUCUCGCCCGCGUUGUCGGCUGGGUCGUCCCCGACCUCUCUGCCAGCAUGGCCCACCACCAAGCCGCCGCCGCCGCUGCGAAAGCCAACGGCGCCCCCCGCGGCGGCGGUCCGCAACCACGUGCCAGCGCCGCGCACCAGGGCGCCUCGCCGCACCCGCUGCAGGCAUCCGCGAACGCCAUGCCACCCGGCACGGUGAUCGGGUGCCCGUCGCUGAAGCGGCUGACGCUGUCAUACUGCAAGCACAUCACGGACCGCAGCAUGGCGCACAUCGCGGCGCACGCGGCGCAGCGGAUCGAGUCGAUGGACUUGACGCGGUGCACAACGAUCACAGACGCGGGGUUUCAGCAGUGGAGUGUGUAUCCGUUUCCGAGAUUGACACGGCUUGUGUUGGCGGAUUGUACGUAUUUGACGGAUAAUGCGAUUAUUUACCUGACGCAUGCGGCGAAGGCGUUGAAGGAGUUGGACUUGUCUUUCUGCUGUGCCCUCUCUGAUGUAGCUACCGAAGUCCUCGCCCUCGGCUGCCCCGCACUCACCUCGCUCAACCUCGCCUUCUGCGGCUCCGCGGUCUCGGACGCGUCCCUGCGCGCCAUCGGGUUGCACCUCCUGGACCUGCGGCACCUGUCAGUGCGCGGGUGCGUGCGGGUGACGGGGCUCGGGGUAGAGGCGGUGGUGGCAGGGUGCACAGAGCUGGAGAGCUUCGAUGUGAGUCAGUGUAAGAACCUGCAGGGGUGGUUGGAUGGCGGGGGGAGACACCCAACCUCAAUUGUAUCCCCAAUCCUCCCAUUCUUCUCCCCUUCACCUCAUCGACAUCCCCCGUCUGCUCCCCAUCCUCCCCACGAUGUCCUUCGUCCUUCGUCGCCCGUUCGCGGUCACCGCGACACGGCCAGCGUCCGAACCACAUCUAGCAAAACCCUUGACUCGCUCCGACAUGUCUUCCGACGCAACUACAACGCCGGCCCCAACACAUCCUAUUCCCCCGGAUCGAAUUCGGCGGAGCUCCGCCAGCGGCUGCUGUAUGGCGCCGGCAUCUUCGGCGGAACGCUGCUUGCGAUCAACCUGCUCUUCAACCGGGAGACGCGCGAGGAUGGCGGCAUGCCGGCGUUUGAGCGGUCAUACUUGAAUGAUACAUUUCUGCACACCGGCCUGGGGCUAGGGAUCAUCGGCAUCGCUGCCCGCACGCUCCACACAAACGGAUGGAGCCAUCGGUUGAUGGCCAUGAAUCCGUGGCUCGUUGCCGGUGUUGGACUCGUUGCUAGCAUUGGAUCAAUGUACGGCACUUUGUACACCUCGCCCGAUAACUAUCUGCAAAAGUACGCUCUCUGGGGCACCUUCAACCUCGCCCAAGCCUUCCUCCUCUCCCCCCUCUUCUUCAUGUCUCCCGCCAUCCUCGCCCGCGCCGGCCUCUACACCGCUGGCAUGAUGGGCUCCAUCGCCUUCGUCGGCGCCACCGCUAAGCAGGACAAAUACCUCUACCUGGGCGCCCCCCUCCUCGCCGGUGUCACCGUCGUCGCCCUCUCCGGCCUCGCCCCCCUCGUCAUCCCCGCCACCGCUGCCCGCACGCUUAUGGUCACCGAGAACCUCUGGCUCUACGGCGGCCUGGUCGUGUUCGGCGGGUUCACGCUCUACGAUGUGCAGCGGGUGCUGCAUCAUGCACGGAUGGCACAGCGGGGUAUGAUGCGGAGGGAUCCGGUGAACGAGAGCGUGAGUCUGGAGCUGGAUUUCAUCAAUAUUUUUAUCCGGAUGGUGCAGAUUUUGGGGAUGGGCGGGAACCGCAGGAAGUAG